UAAAGAUCUCAUACCAAAUAAUUCAAAUCUUGAACUUUCAUUUUCAAGAAUCAGAGAAAAUGAAGGAACAAGGAGAAAUAUCAGAGGGUUCAUUUACAAGUGCCAUGACACUUGCCCUUCAAGGUGGCGAAAACAUACCUGAACGAUAUGUUCUUCCUUCGUUGCAACGACCAAACCUUAGUCUCCUGGGCCACCCUUCAAUCAGCCUCCCUGUCAUUGAUCUUUCCUCGUUGAACGAUCCUUUACUUAGGUCUCAAGCCGUUGAUGAAAUUCAUGCUGCCUGCAACAAACUCGGUUUUUUUCAGGUGAUAAACCAUGGGAUUCCUACAUCGGUAAUGGAAGAUGCUCUAGACACUGCCAAAGAGUUCUUCCUUUUGCCGAGCGAAGAGAAGAUGCAAUUUGCUUCAGCUAAUGUUCGUGAGCCAGUUCGGUACGGCACCAGCAUGAAUCAUGUGAUGGAUAAAGUGUUCUAUUGGAGAGACUUCAUCAAGCAUUAUGCAAAUCCGAUCUCAGAAUGGAUCCAUUUAUGGCCUUCUACCCCUCCAACCUACAAAGAAAAAAUGGGAAGCUACACAAAAGCAGUGCACAUAUUGCAGAAGCAAUUAAUGGGAGUCGUUCUUGAAAGCUUAGGCUUGAAUGCCAACUAUUUACAUCAAGACAUUGAAGAAGGCUCACAAGUCAUGGCUGUGAACUACUACCCUCCUUGCCCGAAACCAGAUCUGGCACUCGGGAUGCCAUCACACUCGGAUUAUGGAACCCUAACCAUCUUAAACCAAAGCCAACAAGGACUUGAAAUCAUGGACCAAGAUAAAAAAUGGCAUUCUGUACCAUUUAUCCAAGGAGCAUUAAUAGUUCAAUUGGGGGAUCAACUUGAAGUAAUGAGCAAUGGUAGAUAUAAGAGUACCAUUCAUAGGGUAACUGUCAACAUGGAGAGGAAGAGAUUUUCCAUUGCAAGUCUCCAUAGUCUACCGAUCGGAAAAAAGGUGGGACCCACACCACAGCUAGUCAACGAGCAAUAUCCCAUUGCCUACAGAGAGGGAAGCUUUGGUGAAUUUCUUGACUACAUCUCUGCCAAAUCUCUAACAGAAGCUAGGUACAUAGACACAUUGAGAAUUCUGUGAACAACUGCCGGUGGUUGCAGUACAAUAUGAGCAUGCAUCAAAGAAGUCC